AUGCUCGUGGGUGACGAGGGAAAGAUGACGGAAAAGGCGAUCCGCUGGCGCGAAAAGGCGCUGCGCAAGCAGGGCCUCUCGGCACGGGACAUUGCGCUCGAGCGGCUGCGCCUCGAAGCUCGGAAAGGGGAGCGCGCAGGGAUCCGCGCCGAGGCUGCCGCUUACCGUCAAAGGUGGCUCGACAUCCUCGACCUCGAGCGGGCCCGCGAGAUGCAGGAGAUCCGCGAGCGCCUCAAGAGCCCCGUCGACAGGCUCAUCGAGGAUGGGUUGGCCUUCGACGGCCUGCAGGCGUACUGGCAGGACGACAGCCGCCGCCACUUUGGCAAGCGCGUGGCCGUCUUUAAGCUGUCCGGGGCGCAGGAGCUCCCGCGCAGCCACUUCAAGAUCGGGGACAAGGUGACGAUUGUCCCUUCCGCGCUGGCCUCGCAAGCGGCCGGAGACGUCGAGUCCGCCGAUGAUGCGUCUGCGUCUAUGUCGGCCGACGCCGCCGAAACCGUCGACGCGGCAGCUGCGAUGGCCGAGCUGGCGUGGGACGAGCAUCGGAUCGAGGCCGAGAUUGUCGACAAGCAAAAGACCUACCUGCGUCUCAAGUUCGACGAGGAGCUUGAGAAGACGGACCUGGUGGGCUGCCCUUCCUGGCGGCUCGACCACGGCUACAACGACCUCACCUACGAGCGGAUGCAGGCGGCCAUGGAGGCCAUCGACCACGACGUCGAGUUCGUCGAGAGCCGCGGGGGCACCAAGUACCAGAACAUCCUGUCCGGCACGCGCCUCAACGACCUCAUCCUGGGCGUCGACCCUCCCGGCGACCGGACGACGCGCGGGGCCUUCUGGGAGGAUGCGCGGAUCCAGAGCUGGUACGACCGGUACUCGCGCAGCGAUCCGCUCGUCAUCGACGGCGACCCGGACCUCGGCCUCAACGCGUCGCAGACCAAGGCGAUCGCCACCAUGCUCAAGGAGCGGAUCAGCCUCGUCCAGGGCCCCCCGGGCACCGGCAAGACGCGGACCAUUGUCCAGGCCAUCAAGCUGCUCAAGCACGAGUUCCAGGUGCCGCACCCGAUCCUGCUGGCGGCGCACACCAACGUCGCCGUCGACAACCUGGCCGAGGGGUGCAUCCGCGCCGGCCUCAAGGUGGUCCGCGUCGGCCCGUCGUCGCGGGCGCGCACCAGCAUCGCCAACGCCACGCUCGACGCCUACUUCAUCCGCCAUCCGCUCAAGGCGCGGCUCGACGACAUGAAGCGCCGCAUGGACGCGCUCGAGAGGCAGAAGGGCGCCCUCGACGCCGCCAACCGCUCUCGCGAUGCGGCCGGCGACGUGAGCGACCUGGACGGCUGGGACGCUCUGGCGGAUGCCACGGCCGGCGCCCUGCCCACCUCUGGCGAGACGCCCGAACAGCAGCUCGGCAAGCUCAAGCGCACCUACUACUUCCUCCGGUCCACCAUACGCGGCCAGAUCCUCAACGGCGCCGACGUCAUCUGCGGCUCGGCCAUUGCCGCGGGCUCGCCCGAGCUCGAUACCAUCGACUUCCCCGUGGUGUUUUUCGACGAGGGCUCGAUGGCGACGGAGCCCAUCUCGCUGGUGCCGCUGAUGAAGGGCUGCCGGCACCUGUCCAUCAUUGGCGACCACAAGCAGCUGCCGCCCGUCGUGACGAGCGCCGACGCCAAGGAGGCGGGCCUGUCGCGCAGCCUGUUUGAGCGCCUGAUCGAGAACCGCGAGAAGCGCAAGCCUGUCAGCUCGACGAUGCUCGAUGUGCAGUUCCGCAUGCACCCCUCGAUCGCAGACUACCCCGUGGCGACCUUCUACGGCGGUGCGUUGGCGAGCGGCGAGAGCACCCACGCCAUCGAGCCGGUCCAGUCGACGUUCUUGCCGUGCCAUCGCGACGCUGUCGGUGCUGCCGAUGCCGGCAAGGGGUCGGGGCGGGACGAGGUGGCUGCCCGGUACCUGGGCUUCGUCCACCACACCGGCCACGAGUCCAAGGCGGACAACCAUUCGCUGCAGAACCACUCCGAGUCUCGGCUGCUGCUCGAGAUCCUGGUCGACCUGCUGGCGCGCAACCCGUCGCUGCGGGGCUCGGACAUUGGCAUCGUGACGCCGUACCUGGGCCAGCAGAUCCUGCUGGAAAAGAUGCUCCAGGUCGAGGCGUCGCCGCAGCGGAGGAGGGCCGUGGCGCUGCUCAAGGGCAACGUCGGCCGCGCCAGCGAGCUGGGCGACGUCGACAUCCACACCGUCGACGGCUUUGAGGGGCGCGAGAAGCGCGUCAUCCUCUUUUCCACGGUGCGCACCAACCCGGCGGGCUACGUCGGCUUCCUCGCCGACGGGCGGCGGCUCAAUGUGGCGCUGACGCGCGCCCAGAGCUGCCUGCUCGUCGUCGGGAGCGUGCAGACGCUGCGCAACGCAAAGAUUAGCGAGUCGGCCGCCUCGCGCAUCUCGGGCAGCGGCGGCGGCGGAGCGGGCAACGUCGACAGCCCCAACGUCGAGGCGCUUCGAGGCUAUGCCGAGUACGUCGAGGCCAAGGGCCUGGUCGUCGAUGCCGAAGAGAGGGUGCGGGAGCUCAAGCUGCAGCGCGGCGAGAUCACGGCAGAGGAGGCCCGGGUCGAGCAGGUGGAAGAGGAGGAGCAGGGCGGCGGCGGCGACGACGAGCACCAGCCGCAAGAGGCCACCUUUGCGGAAGCAGAUGCAGGAUCAGGGAGCUUCGAGGACCAGCCGAGCUGGGAGGACCUCACCCACGAACAGCGUCUUUAA